AUGCCGUGGUCGGGUUCUUGUGAGAAUCCACUGGCUGCUGAAACUCUCGCUGAUGGUUCAAAUUAUUUGGGUGAUGAAACUGCAUUCAUUAGAUCUUUACAGCUUGCCCUAGAAAGUGCUAUUAAUCCCUUCGGUUACAAGUCUUUGAGAGAUCUUGCCGCUAUUACGACGGAAGAAAAGUUACCAACCGCUGAAUCUUUAUUGACAUUACAAAAGAGUACACCUCCUUGUAAAAGAUGUCUAUUAUAUGAACGUUUACUUAGAGAAGUGGCUGAAGUUUUACUAAGUGAAUUAGAAGAAUGUCAGAUGAGCCCAUCCAGCUCUGCAGGUGCAAGUGCUUUGGCUUCCUCUAUAGAACGAUUACGAGGAGUUGUGGAGGUACUAGAGUGUUCACCUUUUCAAUCACUUUCAGGAAGUCCAGCAAUGUUUUCUGCCGCUGAUUCACCUUCACGUGGAAGAAUACCCCAAGCGGCAGAUGCGAUUUUAAAUAUUACAUCACCAUUAUCACAGGGAUCCACUCUUCUCACUUCAGCUUCAGAUACACUAAAUGCAAGCACAGAUACAUGGUUUUAUGAUCUUUUGGUCCCUAACGGAACGUCUCCAGAAGAAGAAAACAACCUGCCUAAAGGUAAAAGUAAAGAGAAAGGGAUUUCCGAUACACGUUCUCAAUCUAGAUCUAGAUCUUUAUCUAUAUGUUCAACUCUCUCGGGCUCAGCACGUUUGAAACCCUCAUGUAGUCAGUGUGAUAGGAGUGCUCGUGAUUCGAAUUCAGCAAAGAUAAGACGUACUACAUACUUCCCACGGGGAGCAUCUUAUUCACUCUCUACUCUUAUUACGAACACAGAAGCACCACCACGUGUGAAGGUAACGGACCAAACGGUAUUUGGUCGAAAUGGAGGUAAGAAAGUAAUAAAUGAUUAUGUGGUGUUGCGUAAUAUCGGAAGGGGAUCACAUGGUCGGGUUGUAUUGGUUCAACACCAAGAGACAAAGGAAUUAUAUGCUAUGAAGAUCUUAAAAUUUGGAAAGAAACUGAAUGAGAGACAAUUAAAAGUUAUUCGUUCUGAAAUUGCAGUCUUAAAGAGAGUAUCCCAUCCUCACGUUGUAAGACUUCAUGAAGUUAUUGGCGAUAAAUGUCAUAAAAGAAUUUUUUUGAUAUUACAAUAUGUUUCUGGUGGAACUAUUGCACGAAGUGUAACAACAACGACUAUAGUACCUAUUCCAGAGGCGCAAUUGCGUCAAUAUACGAAACAAAUUCUUUCUGCUAUAAAAUGUCUACAUUCUCGAGGAGUAUUUCAUCGUGAUAUAAAACCUGAGAAUAUAUUAAUUGAUGGAAAUGGAAAUACAUACCUUGCUGAUUUUGGAGUUUGCGCAAUAAGUAGUGGUAUGGGUGUCGCCGGUGUGGAGGGAACACCAGCCUUUAUGGCACCUGAAGUGUGUAGCGGCAAAUUGGAAGUCGUAGGGGAAUUAGUAGAUGUGUGGGCAUUAGGAGUUACACUGUAUCAACUCAUGUACGGUUUUCUACCUUUCCGUGCCUUCACUCAACUUGAUUUGACACGCAAAAUUGUCAAUUGCCCUGUUGUAUUUCCAGAUGAUGUAAAAAAACGGGGUUCUGUUGGUUCGACUUCUACGAUCAUAACAUACGUGAAACGAAUGUCAACUUCUGCUUUGUCUAAUGAUGAUGGGAAAGACAAUGAUGAACGAUGGGAUAAUCCCCAAUAUGAAGAUCUUAUAGAAGAAGAGGCUCCAAAUGAUAAAGGUGAAGCGGUUGAGGAGGGAGAAGAUGAGGACAAUGAAUUUAAAUACUGCAAAAUCAUCUCUUCUCGUCAAUUCAAAGAAUUAAUUCGCGGUGUACUCUGUAAAGAUCCUGAUCACCGUUGGACACUACGACGAAUUGGGGAAUCUGCAUGGCUAACGCAAGAACUCUCUUUUGAAAGAGCCCAUCCAACCUUUGAUUCUCUGGCCUUUAAUUCUCCCACCAAUGAUAAUUCAGCAGCAUCAUCUCCACGACACCCCAAUCCCUUCACGCAGACGUUGAAAGAAUCAGCCAGACAUUCACCAGCGGAGAAAAAAAAUACACAGAAACGCGAAACAACACCCACAGCCCAGUCUCGCGUAAGGUGUGCGACUAUAAGGGAACCACAGCGGGGAAACACAGGUGCAAGCAGCAGUGUGGAGGGCCAACCAGUGUUAUCAUCGUAUUCAAUAGAACCACCAUUGUCAUUGCCAACUAGAUUGACUACGGCAAAUGAGAGUAAACCAUCUAGGCAUGGGAAGUCGUGGAAAAAUUUACUGCAUUUUUCUUGGGGUGGUAAGAAGAAAACUUAA